GUGAUUGCCACAUUUAGUACUUCAGGCACAAUGUCUUUCAGUGACAAUGCAUUUUACAAGUUCUAGCAGCCAGUUUUUUUACUUCUAAGUGAGUUAUAAAAAGUAUUUGAAGUCAUCCCAUACUUAUAAGGAUCAAGGCUCUUACACUUUAUCUGUAUGUCUCUCAUGUACCAAUGCAAACACAAAUACAUUCAUCCCCACAACCAUUCAGGUCUUAAAGAGACCAACUUUCCCAUGUGAUCGUGCCAUGUACCCACCCAGCUAUGCAAACAAACUUUUACUGAGCCAUGUUUGUGCCAUGUAUUCAUCUAUAUCUUCCACGACUUGUUCUUACCAUACUUACCUAUCAAGUCACAAGCUACAAGCAUCCACACAUAAUGUUGUUACAAGGAGCUACCUAGCAACACGUCUGUUUUUGCCCCAUGUUGCCACUCUUAGCAAGACAGAUCAGUUCUUCAGGGAUGUGAUUCUUCCUCUUUUCAGCUGAUUGCCUCUUUUUGAACAGAAAAAUUUGAAAAAAAGUUCUCAGAUUUGGCAAAAUAAGUGCAAAAAUAGUAAUUUUGUUGAAAGGUGUAGGGAUAUCCUUUUAUUCUUUGGUCAAUGGGCAAUGGCAUCCCUGAUUCUUGUCCCAUAUAGAUUUGUCCCAUAUACAUAUACCUGCCAGACCCAUCAAACAGUGUUAUCUUCUGUGAAAAGUUGGUAUAGAUAUCUGACUCCAUUUAGGAGACACUGAUGGACCCAUAUAAAACAAUCAGCAUUGUAAAGCAGUAGAUAAUAUAAGUUUACUGCCAAAAUUAUGAACGGAUAUUGCAUAUAUGAGUAUUAAAUCAUAUUUGUUCUGAUAAUGAAUAUCCCAAGAGGAAAAAAUUGGCUGAUAACAUGCUGGGAUAUGCUCUGUUAGGAAUAAUAAAGGAUUUUUAGAGGCAUAUACUCAGUUAUAGACCUUGCCUAUAUAAAAUGUAUCUAACAAAUUAAGUUUGCUUCAUAUUUUGUGUGUGUUAUUAAGAGAUUAAAAUUGCAUGGUUGAAAUUGAAUAUUUUCUCUAUCAUUCUUUUAUGCUUUAAAGUAUUAAAGGGUAUAUAUUGAGAUUGGAACAGUGAAAACUAUGACAGACAGGUAGAUAAGCAACAGCAAUGAAGAGAGAAAAUACGGCAACAAGGAUGCAGUGAAGGAGAUGAAAAAGAGCCUCAUGUGAAGUGCCAUCAAAACGAUACAGUACUUAAAGAUAACAGGAUGGUGCUGCAGUAAAGAGAGGAAAACUUUGAUGGCUGUGCUGAUCAUUAGGAAUGAUGCAGCAGUAAAGAAGGAAGUGUAUAUUUGCAGAUCACUGGGGUCUGCAUACAAGACUAUUAUGCCAGAGUCAGAAAAAUGACUGGCUUUAGAAGACACUUCAAAAAGAAUUUUCCACAAAACAUGAGCUAAAAUGGACGUCCCUCUGGGCUGGAUGUUUUCAGUGUGACAUCUAGCAUGGACCCUUUCAAGUCCUCCAGUAUGUCUCCAUCAAUCAAAUUACCAUGGUUACCAGUGCGUACUAAAAUGGGAUGGCCAAGACGGGGUCAAAUUUAUGUUUGGAUUACAUUUACAUCACUUCUGCUGUUCUUUUGUGUGACCUUGACCUUUAAUGGUCAUGUCUGGAAGAUGUUUGAUUCAAACAUGCAUCUUGAUGAAUAUGAUGAUGCAAAUGAGGGAUAUGGAUUAAGAAAGCUUCUAGAGGACCCAGAAGCAAGAAUUGAAAGAUUACGGCAAGAGGGCUUGGAAAAAAGGCUUCCGCAGUGUAUAAUAAUUGGUGUGAGAAAGUGUGGUACUAGAGCUUUGUUAGAAUUUCUUGAUCUCCAUCCCAAUAUAAAAAUAGCUGAUAUGGAAAUGCAUUUUUUCAAUAAAGAUGAAAACUAUGAUAAUGGAUAUGAGUGGUACAGAAAAUACAUGCCAUUUUCUACAUCAAAGGAUAUUACCAUUGAGAAAACGCCGAGAUAUUUCAUAUCCGAAAGUGCACCAGAACGGAUUUUUAGAUACAACAGUUCUAUAAAAUUAAUUGUGAUAUUCCGACAUCCAACAACACGGGUGAUAUCAGACUAUUCCCAAGUGUAUGAAAAUAAACUGGAAAGGAAUAAGUCUUUCGAGCCCUUUGAAAAAAUAGUGAUCGACAAGAGGACAGGACGAGUAAACACUGGUUACAAAGCAGUGAGAAUAAGUAUGUACUAUUAUCAUUUGACGCAGUGGUUAUUGUAUUUCCGUAGACAUCAGAUCCAUAUUGUCAAUGGUGAUAAUUUGAUAGUGAAUCCCUUAGAGGAAAUAAAAAAAGUCGAGACAUUCUUGGGAUUGGAUCAUGCUAUUACGGAUGGGAAUGUGUAUUUUAAUGAGACGCGAGGGUUUUACUGUAUGAAAUCAGGGAUUAAUCAACAUUGUCUUGGUGCUCAGAAGGGAAGAAAACAUCCAGAUAUUGACCCUCAGGUCAUACGGAAAUUGAAUAAUUUCUAUCGUCCAUACAAUCGGAAACUGUUUGCAAUGAUUGGUCAAAAAUUUGAUUGGGAUUAAUGGAAACUUUCUCUAAGGUUGCCAUGUUGUACAAGGAUAAAUUGGAUCAGGAAAGGAGUUAAUGGAUGGACACAAGACCAUAAAGUAUUAGAUAUGGCCAGAGUGUAGCUGUAAAUUCAUACGAAGUGCUUGGUCACAAAGGGGGAUAAUUAAUCUCAGAUUGUCUCCCUGCAAAAUACUGAAAGGCCAAAUAAACUCUGUUCUUUUGUUUGGUUUUCACGAGGAUUGAUCUGAAUGUUAAUAUAAAUGAGAUAGAAAGCAAUUUUCCUUGUUUCAUCUGCCAGCAGAACAAUAUCCGGUUCGAGAGAUCCCAUUUUAUAUAAUAUAACACUAAUUUUCUUCAGGGACCGUAAUCAAGCAUGCGGUAGAUGUUGACUGAAUUAAGAAAUUCUGAAAGUUAUAUAAUUAAAAAGAUAUAUAUUUUUAACUUCGGUAACAUGUGGAUACCAAACAAAGAGAAUAAUUGUUUUGGCCUAAAUUGAAUUCAUUCAGUUAUCAUUGUAUUGUCUGGCCUAAUAUUUAUCAGCUACUGACCAAAUAACUAUGAUUCUCAGAUAUUAUGCAAUAAAGCUUAAGGAAUUUAAUGAUUUGUUUCAAGGCCUCUUGAUUUUUUUUUUUUUUUUUUGCUUCAGUUAGGCACAAGAAACAAAUCAUUAAUUUUGUUUUGCCCAGUUUGUUAUUCAUUGUUCAUGAUAAAUGUGAUUUGUUGCAUGUACCAUACAUAUUAUCACCCUUGGCAAAAAGCCUGUUAUAGCCCUUACUUCAGAGAGGCAUGAUGAAACAAAGGUUUGUUUUGCCUACCUUGUUAAAAGUUAUUAUUGUAUAUACCAUACUUUAAUCAUCUGUAAUAGCUAUCUAAGUGACCAAAAACAUGUAAGCCAUUGGUCAGUCAGCAAUAAGAACAUUCAAUGAAAUGUUUAGGUUUCGGGACCUGGGACUCUUGAGUUACUCGUUACUCUUCUAGGCAGAGUUCUAGGCAGAAAGUAGGCAGUGGCCUAGUGAUAACUGACCAUAACACAGUGCCACUAGUUGUUAGGUCGGACUGCUCUCACCCCACUCCUACUAAAAUUAUUAUUUUUCUGAUAUAUUAAAGUCCUAUAAAUAGGUGCUUUAUAUCUAGGUCUGCUGAAGAAGGGAAGUUUCUAGAAUUGGAACACCCUCUCUACCUUGCACUGUCCUUGCUGAAAUAACGUGCAAUCUUCCUUAGAAAUCACCAAUGCUGUCUAAUGGUUAUACAUAUUAAGUCAUAAAAAGUGCACAAUAUUCUUCUAGAUUUGAAAGGGUUUUUUUGCAAUGGUAUCAAACAGUAACGACUUGAAAGCAUAUCAAGCCAAACUAGAGCAUUAAAUUGUCAUUUAGUAUUUUUAAAUUUAAGAGUUAUGGUACAAUUCAUAUUUAAUUCACACAAUAAUCUAUUGAUUAUUACAGAUAUAGUGAGCUCUGUGAGCUUUAGUCCUGUUACUCUACUGAGCUCUGUGAGCUCCUGUCCUCUGACUCGUUGUAUGAAUGUCUGCAUCAUUUAUUGCAAAUGUUCUGUUAAUGAAUCUAAAUAUGAGUUGGGCUGUAAAUAUUUGAGAAAGAUGAUGUUUUAUUAGAAAAUUUCGCAAGUUUUUUGGUUUGACUGAAAAAUCUCCGUCAAUAUUUUUUUUUCUAUUGCAAAAAAUCCAGCAUGAGAUUUAUAAGCUUUGUAAUUUUUAUGGGGUUUUUAUGGAUGUUUUUUUUUUCAUGAGGGGUUCCAAAAAACUUUUUUUUUAAUAUUUGCAAUAUUUUUUACAUUUAAGAAGGAUAGAGAAAAAUAACACAACCCCACAAAUUGCCAAACUUAGUUCUUUGAAAAGUAUGUUUAACAAGAUUUGAUAUGAUUUGAAUUCAAUCAAGUUUUCAAUGAAGUAAUCCCCUGAAGAAGUGUAAUUAGCUGCCAGGCUCUUUGAACACUUACUUACUUACUGUUUUUAUUAUAUUUUUAUAUCUUGAACUUUCUGAUCAGCCCUCCUUAUCAUUUAAUGUUUUAUAUUACAUUUGAAAUGAUAUUAAUACUGUUAGGUGCAAUAUAGACUUACAUGUAUUACCCUAGUAUUUCAGUAUGUAUGUUAUACUGUUGUAGAUAAUCUUGAUUUGAUUUCGCUAUCUAAUAUGUCAUGUGACAGAUUUUACGAAUAUUCAAAGUCAGAAUAUUUGAAUCAAUUAAAUCUUCAAAGUUGGAAACAGAAAGUGUGAUGUUCAUCUGUCAGUUUGAAUUCAGGCUGUUUUUUAGCUCACCUACCGUAUUUGGUCUCUAUUAGCAGUUUGCUCAGAUAAGUGACUUUUUAAAGUGGGUUCUCUUGUUUUCAGAAUCAAAUAUACCAUGGCAAUAUUCUACCACUGUUUAAUAUUUCUUUUUAUAUGCAUUCUAAGAUGAUAUAAGAUAAGAUAAGAUUUAUUUUGAGUUGACAAGACUAUCGACUAUAAAUAACACAAUGGUAAACAUUAUUUGAACAUAAAAAUGAAAAGAGCUGCAAGUUUGUUUUUUUUUGAUAUUUGUUUCUCGAAGGUAGAGAACAUGACUUUUUUUUAAGAUAUUUAAUAAAAGUUAAAAUUUUGUAUUCCAGAACUUUGAAGUGUGAUAAAUCUAAGCUAUCUACAUGCAAAUAAUGUUUUACAAUGUUUCCUUUCAAGUGAUAAUAUAGUCUUCUUCAAAGUAAAAAUGUGCUUGUGUUCACUUAAGCUUUGAAGUCUCCUUAAAAGAAACAAAAUUGUCCGUACUGGUUACUGUAUCAACUACAGUAAACAAUGAAAAAGUCAUCAAAAUCAGAAACCCACAAUUUAGCAGUCUUAAGCUAUAAUUACUUCCAGAAGUAAUGAUCAGGGGCCCAUUUCAAGUGGUACUUAUAUGGUCAAUUGUCCACUCCGCUAGCUCAUUUUGGUCACUUUUCACAGCUGCCAUUACUUAUUCCGAACAUUUUUAUGGCCUGAACAAACUCUCAGAUAUUGUCAAAGAUUUAAUAGAAAUAGCGAAGUCUGUAAUGAGGGUUUUAGAUACAGUAAGUUGAAAGAUUUUUGUCCUCAUUAUAUUUCAGGAUAUAAUGAUCAGCUUCAACUGUUAGUAAGAGUUAUUGCUCUUUGCUUCUGUUUCCAGUAUUAUGGCAAAAGUGUGGUUAAAAAAUUAAUUUUAAAAACCAAAUUUUUUAACAUUGCUUAGGAAUUUAAAUAAUGACAAUCAACCGGUAUGCAUUUGUUCGGCAAAAAAGUUAAUAAAUUUAAGUUCCAUUGCUUUUAACUCGCAGUAUUGACCAGAUAAGUUUAUUUCCAUUGAGUAUACAUAAUAAAAUGCAUUAUUCAUAAAUAUCUUAUCCUGUUUUUCGUUUUCAAUCUGUUAAGUCAACAGAAAAAUCAGAAGUUGUAAAUAUUUUUUUACCUCAUUAUAUUUUCUAGUCACCAGAAAAUAGCCGCGUUUUUGAUAUUUAUGUAUAUAUUGAUAGGCAUGAAUUGACUGCAAAUGGCUUAAGAUCGAUUAAGCAUUAUCUGAAAACUUGCUUUGAAAGAAUUAAAUACAGACAUGACUUAAAAGUCAGAAGAUUAGGGUAAAGUUGAUAGUGUGAGCUUACAACGCAGAUGGAUUGUAGAAGUUAUAAGCUUACAAAAUGCAGGAUGCUUUUGAGGAUUGGAGACUUGAAUUUUAUAUAUGUACGUAAGUCUGCGUGUGUUUUUUGUGUGUAUGCAAAAAGUGUUUAUUAUCAACUUUGUUAAUCUUGAAGAAGAAGUACUUGAAACUAGCAUUUAACUGGAUUCUGACUCAGUAGACACUCUCAUUGGCGUUCAAGGUGAAGUGGGAGUAACAUUGAUCGACUGGGCAAAUACUGUAGCUGUUUAUAUAUGAACAUGCAGUUACACCCAUUUUGCAUCAGGCGAUGACUUGUGUAUCGUAACACCAAAUUUUACCACUUUUCUUUUUCUCAUCAAGUUUUUGCAUCUCCUUAAUCAAAAACAUGCGUAGUUAUCAGAUUUGAAAGUCGGGCUGCCAUUUCUUAUGCAUAAUGCAGUUUAUGACUGAGCCGUUUAUAAAAGCCAUUACGUUUAUAACGGCUUACCGACUAGUCAUUGUCUGGUACUGCAAUUUAAAAGACAUCAAAGUUAAUAUGUCAUAUCAGACAAUAUUUCUAAAAACUUCUUACUUUGAUAAAGGCAUGUUAAAAGAAGCAUACCAUUCAAUAUAGUGUUAAAUCGUGCUUGCUUACUAAAGCAGCUUAGAUGUUAAGAUGUCUGAGCUUGCGUGCUUGAUUUCACGUUUUGAAGACAUCUAAGGGCAUUAUCCUAAUUAUAUUUAUUGUAUGCCUGUGAAAGUUAUAUUUCAGAACAGUAUUUUUAGAUUUCUUUUUUUUUCACAUUGACACAAUUAUAGGUCAUAUUAGGAAUUUCCGGCUUUUAGUGUUGUUGCCACGCUGUGCAUUCUUUCAGGCAUAGACGAGCACCUGGGUAUAACCACCGAGCACCUGGGACUAACAACCGAAGAAGCUGAUCUUUUUUUUUGCUCCAUCACAUAUUGUAAAGAAACAUUGUACAAAGUACACUUUAACACCAACAAAUAGAUCAGCAAAACUUCAGCAGAAUAGAUAUUUCAUUACAAAGAAAAAUAAUGGUAAAUUGAAUAGUUUGCUUUAAGCAUAAAGUCUAAAUUUCAAAUUUGUACUGGUCAGAUUAUAUAAACCAUUCCACACAUUCUUACACUUAAACCUUUUGACCAGGGUUAAGUACAUCUUCUUCAAAGCUUAGCACAAGUUUGAUUAAUAUGUAUUAUAAAGCUGUAAAGUGGGUAUAUUUUGUGAUGCUUUUAUUUUUGAGACAUAUGAAGUUAUGGAGUUCUUUAGAUGUUUGAAAAAGGUAUUUAGAUAAUGUGGAAAGAUAAUAUGAUUAAGAGAUAAUAAUGAUGUUUAAACUUCGAUGGGUAGAAAUUUCUAAACUAAGUUUGUAUGGUAUGUGACAAGGAAGUAAUUCCUAAACUAAUUUAAUCACAUUGACUUCAGGGCUUUCCCCCCUGUUUCCCCUCAAACAAAAAAAAAACCAAACAAACAAAAAAGUGCAAUAAAUGAGAGAGAAAAAAUCCUAAUUCAUACAGCAUGCAGUCUGUCUUUUUUACACUAUGUGUCAAUCAAUCCAUCACCUUUACUGCCGCAAGCCCAAAACUUUUAAAGGGGAAUCUUUAUGCCAUAUUCCUAUGGAAAUGUAGGACUUUGCACAAGAACCUCACGACAAAACACACCUACUUCUAAAUGGAUUAGCCCUUAGUGCAGUAACUGACCAUUGAGGAAUAGAUAUUUAGAAAAAAAAUUUUACUGUAAAACUGUACAAGGUAAAGAAAUUUAUUUUUGCAAAUGGUGUUUUCAAACAAAAGGGAAAUAAGUCUUGAGGAUCAAAGUUAAAUAUAUACAUAAGUAUUGAACUUCACAGUAUUUAUACCCAGUUUACAGCAUAUUUUGUUGCCAAAUGUUAGAAUAAAUUACAGCAAUACUGAUGUAAUAUGUCUGGAUAAAGGAACAAUAUUUGUUUGAAAUAAAAAUAAAAAACGAUAUGAUA